AUGCUUUCCAUCCAGUCCGUAGAGGGACCCAGUCCUCCUCGUGCCGACGACACCGGUGACAUGAAGCAGCAGAAGCCAAAGACGUUACCAUGCAAAUACUGCAACAAAUGGUUCAGAGACCUUCUCGUCCGCCAUGAGAAGCUCGUGCAUCUCAGCGAUGGCAACAAAGAUGCCAAUGGCGUCAGCACACAACGGCGCAAGUCGUCAGCGGCGGGUACCCAGUCAAGCCCGACCAAGAGUCACGGCGAUACCGAGAUGCUCGGUAUGCAACAGACGCCCACACAAACCCAUUUCGCCCCGGAGGCCGCCAUGUCCGCCGUCGUCUCGAGCCUGCCUCCCGACUCACGCAUCGCCCCAAGGCCGGCAGCAGCCUGCAACCUCGACUUGCUGUCCGAUGCCGCAACCCAUCUUGCCUCCGCCGGCGACGUGUCGUCGAUGCAGAACAUGCUCCCAGAUAUGAGCCAGCAGCAGACGCCUCUCGGACGUGUUGAUGGCUUGCCGUCCUACGGUGACCGAAGCCGAGAGCAGGACCCAGUGGUCUAUUCGACGCCCUUUCCCGUCACUACAGCUCCAUACUCGGUCUCCUCAGCGCCCUUCCCGAUUACGUCGGCACCUUUUCCUGUCACUUCGGCGACCUUCCCUGUCACAUCCAACGCGCAACCAAACUUUGAAGGCUAUGACCUCUUCAUGGAUGACUUCGGCACGCAGUCACACUUUCUGCCGGCUGGAGUUGAUACAGAGCAGUCCUUUGGUGGGUGGCGCGCAGGCACCUCCUCAUUUCCGUCAAGGUUCCCCUCCCUGGCGCCUGAAGCAUCCACGGAUGGUACGGGCAGGUUGCAAGACGAAGUGAUGAGAGCGCCGCUCUGGAGGAUCUCGAGCAAUGACCAUGGAGUUAUCAAGAGCCGUCUGGACGAGUUCUCGAGCGUGCUUCCAAACGAUUUCGUUUUUCCUUCGCGACAUACAUUGACUCGAUAUCUCGAGGGGUACAUCAGCGGUUUCCAAGAGCACCUCCCUUUCCUUCACAUACCGACUCUGAAUCCGAGUGAGAUCGCUCCUGAGCUCCUCUUGGCAAUUGCCUCAGUCGGCGCGCAAUACCGAUUCGAGAGUCACCGUGGACAUGCUCUCUGGUAUGCUGCCAAGGCUGUCGCCCUCGAGCAGAUUCGGAGACGCCACAGCCACGAGGUACACACGUUGCUACCAACACCAGCGGCUUACAGCCCGCAUUCCACGCGAGCAUCCCCUAGCUCUGGCUUCCGCCACUCCUUCAACUCGGUCCAUUCAGACCGGCCCAUGACACAGGAAACCCACCGUGAGCCAUACUCUCCGAAUAAUCCUCAGUCCCGUCUCGAGACGAUACAGGCUCUUCUUUUGCUUUUCUCAGUGGGCCUUUGGGGAGCCAAGGCCAUAUUGCAGGAUGCUCUAUCUUUGCAAAGCCAGCUCGCCCUGCUGAUACGCGAUGAAGGCCUGAACUCUAAUUCAACGCAGAUUGCCGACUGGGAGACUUGGGUGAGAAACGAGGGUAGUAAUCGGACCAAGCUGAUUGCCUACUGCUACUUCAACCUAUGCAGUGUUGCCUACAACAGCCCGCCUGUCUUGUUCACAUCGGAGAUGAACUUGUACCUUCCCGGCCCGGCCCGCCUUUGGAGGGCCGAGAGUUCAUGGGCAUGGCGAGAUGCUCGGCAGUCCGUCCAAUACAUGGAGCUGCCUCUCCAGGAAGCGCUGUCGAGGCUCCUGCACCGACCGUCACAGGGGCCACUGAACGAUCUGACUUCACUUGGCAACUACGUCUUGAUACAUGCCUUGAUACAGCACAUUUACUUGCUCAAGCAGACCUCAUUCGCGAACACGUCUCGCUAUGACAUGCACAGAGGCCUCAAAGCAGAGGAUGUGGAGGAAGUCACGCAAGCGCUGCGUGUGUGGCAAUUGGGGUUCGAGGAGCACCGCAUGCGAAUUACCCAGUCAGCCCAGCAGAUGGGCAGUGAGAACUUCCCCGGCGGGCCAGUGUCUUUUGACGCCACUGCACUUUCCCGACUCGCACAUAUCCGUCUACACACGGACCUCGCGCCUGCUCGGGCGCUUGAGAGCCGUGAGCCAUACGCAGCUGCAAACAUCUUCAACGGCUUGGCCCUCUUGCCCAGGGGCCCACGUCUGAACAAGGCAAUACUGCAAGCCGUGCACGCGUUGUCGAUGCUCGUCAAAGCCGGCAUCAACUACAUUGCUCGGACCAAGUCUCUCGAGUGGAGCAUGCAGCAUUCUUUCCUCCUUGCCAAGUGGUUGAUGACGAUGGCUUCGAUGAGUGCUACUGAGAUGCAGACCGCCGAAGAGAAGUCUAUACUGGCGUCCAUCCGGACGAUAGUGGACGAGACGGAGUACGCCGUUCCCAUCGAUCCUAGUCUCGCCGCUCAACAGCCUUCGAGGAUGGACGGGUCACUCAACGACUCGCAAAAGCUACGUCAACUUGCGUCGGCCGUCCUCCGCAUCUGGGCCAAGACCUUCAAGGGUGAGCACAUCUUCGAACUGGUCAAGACGAUGGGUCAUGGCCUGGAGAUCUACUCGAACACCUUAGACAAGCCGAGGGACCAGCCGUCCCUGGGACGGAUGUCGUCUGGCUCUAUUCUCGAAUAA